AUGUUGUGUUAUGUGUAGGCCUAUGUUUGAAACUUUAAUUUUCAAAUGUUUGUUUAGUUUUUAAUAGUACCGGUAGUGAGUAGCAAUUUAAUAAAAAUGGAAGGUAAAGGUGACUGUGACAUGAAACCCCCAGAAAAUCCUACAGCUUGUCUGUCAGUUGAAAAAUUCCGAAAAUUGGUUAGGGUUCAUCUUGAUGCGAAUGCCAAUGAAUCGGCGUUAUUUUGGGCUGACAAAGUGGCCUCAAUGAGUGGCGGAGACCCAAGAGAUGUUUACUGGCUGGCUCAAUGUAUGUUCCGUUCCCGCCAAUACCACAGAGCUGCUAUAUUGAUUAGAAACAAAGGCUUGGAUAAGACUCAGCCGCUGUGCCAGUGGUUAGCAGGACUUUGUCUGCUGGAAGCUAGGGAGUACAACGAUGCUCUACUGAUCCUCACAGGAGAAGAUGAACAGAUAGGCUUCAAUAGGAGUAACACUAUCAUCACACCUACUUCCUUCCUGCCUACUCCGAAUAUUCCGAAGAAUUGUAUUUUGGAGGGCUUCACACCUAAAGCUUUACAAAGUGCGAUUGAGCUGUUGAAAGGACGAGUGUAUGAAAAGUUGGACAACAGAAGUCGUGCUGCGGAAUGUUUCAAACAAGCCCUCAAGUUCGAUGUCUACUGUUAUGAAGCCUUCCAAGCUCUUGUUCAACAUCAGAUGCUUACAGCUGUUGAAGAGAAAGAACUUUUAUCCUCCCUCCCAUUCAAGGAUCAAUGUGGUGACAACGACUUGUUGCCAACAGUUUACGAGGUUCUGCUCAACAAGUACCAACGUCUCCCCGAGUUACCGCAAUCUCUGCCUCACCCUCGCCUUUCAGAUAACCUGGACCUGGAAGUAGCCCGAGCAGAACGUCUUUACUAUUCUUGUGCUUACAGACAAUGCUUCCUGCUCACUGAGGACAUUCUAAAGAAAGAUCCAUACCACACUACCUGCCUGCCAAUACACAUUAGUUGCUUGGUAGAGUUAAAGAAGAUCAAUAAAUUGUUUUACCUUGCUCACGACCUUGUGGAUUUGAUGCCAGAAAGAGCCGUUUCCUGGUUUGCAGUCGGAUGCUACUACUUUUUAACAGGGAAACGAGAUCCAGCCAGGAGAUAUCUAGGCAAGGCUACAUCGUUAGAUCGACUGUUUGGCCCAGCAUGGCUUGCUUACGGACAUUCUUUCGCUGCAGAAAAUGAACACGAUCAAGCCAUGGCUGCCUACUUCUCUGCUACAAAACUAAUGAAGGGGUGUCAUCUCCCUCUUCUAUAUAUUGGCCUGGAGUGUGGAUUGACCAACAAUAUCAGGCUAGCUGAACGUUUCUUCACCCAGGCCCAAUCCAUCGCACCCCACGACCCCUUUGUCAUCCAUGAAAUGGGAAUAAUUGCAUUCCAAAACCAAGAUUACAACAUGGCCGAAAAGCACUUCUUGACAGCGUUGUCACAAGUCCAUGAAAUCAACCAAUCAAUCAUUGCGGAGAAAUGGGAACCCCUUCUGAACAACCUGGGUCACACUUGUCGAAAACUCAAGAAAUAUGAAGAGUCGUUGAGGUACCAUCAGCAGGCCUUGGUACUCUCCCCUCAGAACGCCAGCACUCUUGCUUGUAUUGGCUUUGUACAUUCUCUACAAGGUAAUCUCACAGAAGCUGUCGAUACAUUCCACAAGGCACUCGGCUUACGAAGAGAUGACAGCUUCAGCCUCACUAUGUUGGCUAACGUGAUAGAACAACUAAUGGAGACCACACCUGCCUUUCCAGGAGCCCCAGAUACAGUGCCAGGUUUUGACACAAUGAAGACACAGAGCACCACGCUUCACAAUAAUCCACUAUUCGACAUGUUCACUCCACUAUCUAGUCCUUCAAGUCCUCCUUUCGAGAUUGAGAUGCAAGACAGUUUCCAAGAUGAAAACACCUCCUAGCAUUCUCUCUCUUUGUCUACCUCGUCUGGUAUCGGGUGAAGACAUCUAGAUGCAUACUGAUGAACAGCUAAAUCUUGAAGCCAACAAUUUUAUUUAUCUUGAUUGAAAGACAACUGCCUUAUAUUUUAUAAUUUUAAUUACUUAAACUUUAAAUCGGAGAUUUAUAAUUAGAACGUCAGUGUCAUUUUUCAUACUUUUAACAUGUAUUACACAUACAAUGUAAGAAUAUUGUAUUAAACUAUCUUAUCGCUUUGAAAUAUGAAAAAAUUGUGAGAAUAUACCAAAGAGUGAGAACAUUGUAAAA